CUAAGUUAUUUUCUGUAUGUAUGUACUUACAUAAGAGUCGAGAUGUACCUCAGGCUGUCCAAUUAGCAUUUGUGGGUCUGCCUUCUUUCUGUCCGAAGUUCCUAUUGCACGACAUAUUACUCGAAACUCUCUUCAAAUGCAGGCAGCACCGGCCAGUGCCCUCAGCGCCCUUGCUGACCCUCCUGCUCGAAUGGUCGAUGGUGCAGCCAUGGACUACUUAUUGAUCGAAGCUGUGAAUGCCCUUCGUGUCUCAUCAGCAGUCGCUUCUGCUCGAGCAAAAAAAAUCGAGCGUGACAUGGUUGAAGCUGGGUUGGUUCCACCACCGCCACCCGCCAAACAACAGAAUCCAAGAGACAGCGCUAGUAGCACGUCAGGUAAGAUAUCAGGGCCUGCGGAUGAGGAUGAGGGGGUGAGGUCUAGGCUGGAAGCUAUCGGUAUGCAUGUUGGGGGUAACUUUGCGGAGAGGCUUUGCCGCGAUCGCCCAUUAUUCAGCGACUCCCUGGACGUUAUCAAGUUUGUUUGCAAGGAUCUUUGGGUCUCUUGCUGGGACAAACAAGUCGACAACUUACGUACAAAUCACAGAGGGGUCUAUGUUCUUCAAGAUAAUGCCUUUAAGCCAAUUUCUCGAAUUUCCUCAUGGGAGGGUCGACAAGAAGCCCUUAAGCGAGCCAAGCUGUAUGUCGCACUUCCUGCUGGAAUUAUUCGGGGUGCAUUGUCUCGAAUUGGGUUUCAAGGGACGGUGGUUCCUGAAAUCACCACUCUACCUCAGUGCACCUUCCAGAUUAAGCUACCAAAAAACACAUGAAGCUAUAACACUAUCUCAGCGUUAAUCCAUGCUAGCCCAAGUUGUGAAGUGGACUGCUGAACUCGAAUCCCGUUGCUGAAAGCUCAGUUGAACGGUUGAAGGUGUCGGAGUCAUCAAGUGGUGAGAUGGACAUCAAGUAGGCAAUGUGGUUCAAAGGAAGAGUCGGGUCUUGCGUCAGCUGUUAUCGAGUUUCUGGCCACAAACUUCUCUCCA